AUGAAACACAACAAAAAACCAUCACUUUCUCUAUCAGCAAGAGAAGGAAGAGAAAGAUGGGUGAAAGCUGCAAUGGCUGAACGAAUACUUGUUAAUGCCUCUUCUAAUCAUGUUAUUGCUGGUGUCAAAGCUGCUAGAAAUGCUCCUGCCAUCACUCAUCUCCUUUUUGCAGAUGAUAUUCUUAUUUUCACUAAAGUAGAUAUGCAUAAUGUGUCAGGUAUUCUAGAAACUCUAUCUCUGUUUGGUAAGUAUUCUGGUCAAAUGCUGAAUUUUAACAAAUCUAGUGUUAGCUUUAGUAAUAAUAUUAGCCCUGCUGAUAGAACUGCUUUGUCUAAUGCACUGGAUAUGACUGAAAUGAAUAAUACAUAUAAGUAUCUUGGAGUUACUCUUUUCUUAGGAAGAGACAAAACUAAGGCCUUCAAACCUAUCAUACAAAGUUUGAACUCUAGAUUGAUUCCCUGGAAAGGUAAGAACACGAACUAUGCUGCUAGGUCCAUGAUGGUUAAGCAUGUGCUUAAUGCUCUUCCUACCCACCAGAUGGGUGUUUUUAAAAUACCAAAAAUUACUAUUACUCAAUUAUGUUCUAUUCAGAGACACUUUUGGUGGGGAAAGGAUGGUAGUAGUAGUAGUAGAAAAAUUUAUUUUAUAGGAUGGGAUAAACUUCAAAUUCCUAAAGCUUUUGGAGAAUUAGGUUUUAGAAAUUUGGAAAAUCUUAAUAUUGCUUUACUGUCUAAGGUAGCUUGGAAAGCUUGUAAUGAAGAAGACAUCCUCUGA